AUGGGAGGGUUUAAUUCGGGAUAUUACAAUCCUAAUGUAGGUUAUGGAAGCCAAAUAACUCUAAGUGAUGCAAGAAAAAAUAUUGAUUGUGGUCCGACGCAAGAUAAUACAACAACGGAGUCUAAUUCCGAUACUCAAAUACCAGAAUUUUCUACUCAACAAGGUAUCGAAAAAAUUAUCACUAGUGAUCCAAUUGAAGAAAAUGAUGGAAAACGUAUUCCAUGGAGCGUUGAAGAUGACAAAGUACUUGCAAGUGCUUGGCUCACAAUUUCAAACUGCAGUGUUGCCGGUAAUUCACAAAGUGAAACAAAAUUUUGGAAUCGCAUCACUACAUACUACAAUGAGCAUCGAACAUCCAAAUGUCAAAGAAAGGAAAAAGCUGUGAAAUUACAUUGGCGUUGGAUUUCUCGUAUGAUGAUCAAAAAUGGAAGACGACUAAUCCUCUACAACGUUCUUCAAAAAAAGAUAAGAACUAAUGAAAGUGGAGCAUACAUUUCUUCAUCUAAUAUGGAUACAAGCUUGGAUAUCGAUGAUUGUGAGGUAGAAAUACGUCCGAUUGGACAAAAAUUAGCAAAAAAGACAAAAAGAAAAGCUAAAGGAAAGUCAAAAAAUCUCGAAGAAGAUGUAGAUGGAGGACUUGAAGAAAUUAAGAUCAUGUUGCAACAACAAAAAGAAGGAAAAUUUCAACGUAUGGAAAGAAUAGCAGAAAGUUAG